AUGAAGGGCUACACAAAGGCCCAAAAUAAGUUAGACAAAGACUACUUUGAACCAUUACUCAUGCAAAGCUACUCUGACAAGAAUAAAAUCAUCGAGUUGGAAGUUAUUGGCCAGCACGGUAUGAAUAAGAGGACGAAAGGCUGUCUGUCUCUAUGUGAGAGCUCUGCGAUAGACUGGCAACCGUCCAGGGUGUACCCCGCCUCUCGCCAUAUGACAGCUGGUCCAAAAGACAGUACAGGUUCACUAGAUCCAUGCUGCUCAUUAUCAACCAGCGACAGGGCUUCACCGGCUGUGUCUGAGCCGAUAACUGAGGACAGCGACGAAGCUGACAGGAAAACGGGCGACAGCAACCUCACGGAAGACGUGGAGGACGCGCAAAACGUUUCUGACGCACGUACAGAACAAGACGCUUCAUCUGACGCAACUUUCGCCAGGAAAAAGAAAACCCGAACCGUGUUCAGUCGCAGUCAGGUAUUUCAACUGGAGUCCACUUUCGAUGUGAAGCGCUACCUGAGCAGCUCAGAGAGGGCCGGUUUGGCAGCAUCUCUUCACCUGACAGAGACUCAGGUCAAAAUCUGGUUUCAAAACCGGAGGAAUAAAUGGAAGAGGCAGCUGGCGGCUGAUCUAGAGGCUGCACAAAUCCCAAACUCUACCCAGCGGAUUGUCAGGGUCCCAAUUCUGUAUCAUGAAGGACCCACACCAGCACUGGGUUUCAGCUUAAACGGACAUCAAACCGUGGGAAGCUUCUCCAGCCCCAUCAACUACCCUCUAUCGACGUUUGCUCACUCAAUGAGCAUGCUAAGAUCGCAGAUGACAGGACUGGUGUAAAGACUGACUUGUCAAACUGUAUGCUAAUAACACAAAAUCACCUCGUUUUUAUUAAUUGUGCAAUAACCUCCAACACCGCCGAAAAGGUUGUCUGCACUCAAAGACAGUCCGCAGAGUCCAUAUGACAGAAAGUAGCGAACCAUCUUUAUAUGUCGGUGCAUAAACUCCGACAAGAGUGCUGCUCUUGCAUAGCAUAACCCCUAAUACAGUCAAGCAUGGCAAGGCCUCCAGGGCAGCGGAGGCCGAAGAUGAAUACUGUAUGUUUAAAUACACACUUAUUUUUGCAAACUUUUGUAUUUAAAGUCACACAUUUUUCCA